AUGUCGUCGUCUUCAACAACGUCAACGACAAUUGCUUGGCUGAACGAUUUGAAUGUGCAGUUUAAUCGCUACCUUCCGUGGCCACUUCUCAUUCUCGGUACGGUUGGAGUGAUUUUAAAUGUUAUAAUAUUUACUCGUCGAAGUCUUUUCAUCAAUUCGUGUACUCACUAUCUCUUGGGGAAUACAGUGGCUAACUUUGUUGUACUUUAUUGGGUUGCUACUACAAGAAUUUUUUCUGAUGGAUACAACAUCGAUCUGAGUAUUGAAUCGAAUACAUUUUGUAGAAUUAGAUAUUAUUUUACCUAUGUUCCCCGUACACUUUCGACAUGGUUUAUCUUGUUAGCUUGUAUUGAUCGAUGGUCAUCAAGCAUAAAAGCGCAGCGACGUUUUAAUAGUGUAAAAUUUGCUCGUAUAGUCAUUGCCAUAACUACUACUGUAUGUUUCUUGUCAUUUUGCAAUGUACUGAUUUAUUUUGGUGUUCAAAAAACUGCUACUUCAAUAACAUGCUACGCAAUGCCUGGACCGUAUCGUUAUUUUUCUGAUCUUCAAUAUCUUACCUUUUAUGCCUUAGGGCCACCUCUAAUGAUGUUAGUGUUUGGUUUAGCUACGCUUCGAAAUCUUCGACGAGCUCAUAAUCAAGUUUUACCUCAAGCGGUACUGCCGAACAGGAGCACUGCACGACGUGAUGCUCAAUUGUUGGUAAUGCUGCUCAUGCAAGUGGCCUUGAUCAUCGUCUUUACUGUUCCAUUUGCCAUUCAAAAAUUGAAUGAUACAUUGACACUAACUAAGAUUAAGACUCCUCUACAAACAGCACAAAACAAUUUAUGUGCAGGAAUUUUACGUAUCUUAUCUUAUGGUUCUCAUGCGUUCGGAUUUUUUGUGUAUACGCUGUCAGCACGUAUCUUUCGCAAAGAAUUAAUGGUAACAAUUAAUAAUGUGUAUCGACGAGUCACAGGUCGAAAUCUGAAUAUCGCGAGGGAAGCAACAACUUGUACCAUGCAACAUCAAACUUUAGGUAUGAAGACCACUUAUCGAAUGAGUAGACCAGAUGCAUGA